ACUUGCGCAGUGAAAAUAGGUCAACAAAUUGUUUUGAUGCAUUUGUGACGAAAGCAACGCAAAAACAAAGGCGAUUACAACCCAACCCGAUUGAAUCUCCGAAACAAAGCAGUCGCUGGCUUAUCACGCAUCGGGAGUGAUUGCUGGUGUGGUAACGCAUUUAUUUGUUGAUAUUUAGAAGAUUCGUUUUUCUUUCUAAGGGACGGCGAAACCGAUGGCCAGCCGUGAGAUAGUGCUAAAUCAUAGCGAGAACUGACCACACCGAGUGCCUAGUUGUAAAGUUUUGUUUGUCACUGCCAGCUACGCAGUAUUACGUAAAACAAAGGAAAUGAGGCUCGCAGGAGGCGUUGGGCCGUUGAAAGGCCUGCCGGUGCUGCUGCUGCUCGUAGCAACCGCCUGCAAUGGGCAGGUAUUUUACUACCAACCGGAACAGGUCCAUCUGUCCUUCGGUGAAACACCGCUGGAAAUCGUCGUCACCUGGAGCACCAUGACGGCCACGAACGAGUCGAUCGUCGAGUACGGGAUCGGUGGUUUGAUUUUGAGCGCCACCGGAACGGAGAAGCAAUUCGUCGACGGUGGUGCGGGCAAACACACGCAGUACAUUCACCGGGUGGUGUUGCGCGAUCUGCAGCCCUCGUCCCGGUACGAGUACCACUGCGGCAGCCAGUGGGGAUGGUCGCCCGAGUUUUACUUCCACACGACGCCGGCCGGUUCGGACUGGUCACCGUCGUUCGCCAUCUUCGGUGACAUGGGCAACGAGAACGCACAAUCGAUGGCACGCCUGCAGGAGGACACCCAGCGCCACCUGUACGAUGCGAUACUGCACGUGGGCGAUUUUGCGUACGACAUGAACACGAACGAUGCGCUCGUCGGGGACCAGUUCAUGAACCAGAUACAGUCCAUUGCCGCCUACACACCGUACAUGGUGUGUGCGGGCAAUCACGAGGAGAAAUACAAUUUCUCCAAUUACCGGGCCCGGUUCAGUAUGCCCGGCGGUACGGAAAACAUGAUGUACAGCUUCAACCUUGGGCCGGUGCAUUUUAUCGGCUUCUCGACCGAGGUGUACUACUUCAUGAACUACGGGCUCAAGACGCUGGUGAACCAGUACGAGUGGUUGCGUCGCGACCUGGAGGAAGCGAACCGGCCGGAGAACCGCCGUGAGCGCCCCUGGAUCAUCACGUACGGUCACCGACCGAUGUACUGCAGCAACGAUAACGAUAACGAUUGCACGCACAGCGAAACGCUCGUGCGCGUUGGGCUACCGUUCAUGCACUGGUUCGGGCUGGAAGAUCUCUUUUACGAGCAUGGCGUCGAUGUGGAAAUUUGGGCGCACGAGCAUUCGUACGAGCGACUGUUUCCGAUCUACGACUACAAGGUGUACAACGGUUCGUACGAGGAACCGUACCGGAAUCCACGCGCCCCAGUCCAUCUCGUGACCGGUUCGGCCGGUUGCAAGGAGGGCCGCGAACCGUUCAUCCACAAGAUCCCGGAAUGGAGUGCCAUUCACAGCCGCGAUUACGGAUACACACGCAUGAAGGCCAUCAACGGAUCGCAUCUGUACUUCGAGCAGAUUUCCGUCGACAAAGCAGGCGCUGUGAUUGAUUCCUUUACCAUCAUCAAGGAUGAACAUUUGCCCUACAAACAGCUGCUGGAACGUGACGAACAGGAACGGCAACGAUCUACGAGCACGAAGUAGGCUGCUAACGCACACACACUUCUACACCAUACAUUUAAAUACCUCUUCUUUUGAAGUAAAUAUUUCAACCAAUUUAUUUAGUGGAUCGGAAGUAAUACUUGAAACCACGCAAUAAACACACACACACGCACCGGAGAGGAAUGUACUUUCGUUGUGCGCUGUGCUGAGGGAGAUUCA